UUCCCCUUUGCACAGGUAAACUCUCAAUUUCUAAACCACUUCCUCCUCCACUUCGUCCAGGAUUCGGACGUUCGCAUCAUCUCUCACGCUACCGGGAACGCUACAGACUUCACCCUGCUGUGGGAACUUUGUUACUUGACAAACAUGGGAGAUGAAGAUGUGCACAAGUACAGUCCAAGAAGAGGUGCUGCCACUUUCCGGUCUAUGCAAACUGCCUGCGAACCAAUGAUGCACAUUCACCCUCGCCAAGUCCAACUGGUGGAUGAUGCAACUGUUUUUCCUGGCUUGAGAGAACAUUCACUGGCCAGUGGCGACCAUCAUCAUGCACAAGCAGUGUUAUCCUCUGAAGCAGCUGACAGAGCAAGAAUAGCUAAACCUCCCCCUCCUAACUGUGAAGAAAAAAUUGACUCUGAUAUGUUAUUGGGAAAAGAGGAUGAAGAGAGUGAUGACGACUCAGUUACUUAUUCUCUCCCCGAUAUUUCAGCGUCUGAAAGCAUACCCUCAGAGGCUGAAGAGCUUUCAAUCGACCAGAUGAAUGACUUACACGAUCAACUUAAAAGUGAAAAGCCAGAAGUUUGGGAAACUGACCAGCACAAGAAUCACAUGGCAGCUAUAAGCAGUGAGAAGUUUGACAGCCUUCUGAGAAUGUGUCCAGAUUUUAAUGGCUGUAAAAGCCACAUGGCAGCAUUUGUCUUGGUAAGAGAAGUGCUGGAUACAGCAGGAAAUCCAUGUGAGCAGUACAAGGUGGUAGCGGUGGGUUCAGGUAGCUCGAGCUGUUCCGAGCGGCUUUGCUACACUGGCAGGAUGGUCCACGACUGCCAUGCCAUCAUAAUCGCCAGGAGGGCUCUGCUGAGGUUUCUGUACAAACAGCUGCUGCUGUUCUUUGAAGCUGAUCUGAAGGCCAAAGAGAAGUGCAUAUUUGAUAGCAGCGCCGACAGCCACCAGCUGCAGCUCAAACCCAAAAUCAGCCUGCAUCUUUAUACCAAUCAGUGCCCCGAGGGAGCCUCCAAGAACUUCUACUUUAAGGACCCAGAAAACACUUGGACUAAUAUGAAGCUCCAGUAUCACGCUAAGGGCCUGCUGGUCCCUGUGGCGUACCUUGAGCCAAGUGUGUGGGGUGCCCAUGUCUGCUGCAUGUCCGCGAGUGACAAGCUGUGCUGCUGGACUAUCACUGGGGUCCAGGGGGCAUUACUGAGCCACUUCAUUCAGCCGCUGUACAUCACCAGCAUGGUGCUAGGAGGCCAAAAUAUCUUCAACACAGAUGUGUUGGACAUCACCAACAAGAGACUCGGUGAUGGAUGGGAGGAAUUUCUGCCUCCAUGCUACCAGAAGCACAGCAUCCUUUUCAUCUGUGGCGAUUAUGUGGGACCUGCUGUGGCGUCUCCACUGCAUGACGGUCUCAGCAUCAACUGGUGUCUUGGAGAUAAGGACGUUGAAGUUUUGGACAGCAGCAAAGGCGUCAUUGUUGAGGGGUCUCCCUUUGUAACUGGGCCUGGCUUCUCAAGCAGACUUUGCAAGAGGGCCCUCUAUAGUUAUUUCUGCCAAGUUGCACGGCUGGGCGGGCACAGCUACCUGCUGGAACUUCCCACCUACCACAGUGUCAAGGUGGAAGCUGUGGUAUACCAGACAGUUAAAGAUCUGGUCAAACAAAAGUUCCUGAGCAUCAAUGCGGGGCCCUGGAAUUCCAAAAUGCUGGUGGAUUGUUUCAGCACUACUUGAAAGCUCAUCCAGAAGCUGGUUCUGUUAUGUUUACCCAGGUUUCUCUGCGUGGUUUCAUUUAUUGUUCUUCAGUGCACUUGGCAUUUUUGUUGUAAUAGAAUUUAUAGUAUUAUGUUUAACCUCUCUGUGUUUUCAGUGUGUGAAAUAAAGAAGGCUCAGCUGUUGUGCACCACACAGAAGUCAGUUUGAAUGAGUUCAGUGGUACUGUAUAUUUUAUACUGCACUUACCUAAAGGUUUUAAUUAUUACAGAUGAAGGAACAGUCAUGGCAAAACUGUCCUCGUACAAGUA